CCCUUUACUCAAUCUCAGAAUGUCCCAGUAGUCAGCUCAACAUGUCUGGUCUCGAGGAAAUCUCUGAGGAUGAGCGUGUAAGGAUCGCCUCUGAUUUCGUCAAGUCCGCACCCCCUGGCGAGUUUAAAGAGGUGGUGAAUGACGUGCGUGUGCUGCUGGCUAACGACAAACUGCUGACUCGAGCAUCCAGUGUGUUCUACGAGUACGCCACUGAUCAGUUCACCACCGUCAAGGUUGAUGGAGAGGACACUCUGAUAACUAAAGAUGGUUCUUUGGACGGCUCUAAACGAUUCUACGAUCCUAAUUCUAGCAAGUCGUUCACUUACAACUACUUAAAGAACGAAGCUAGUGAUAUACAAGAAGAAGACAGAGAUGCUGAUGCUGAGAAGUGGAGAGAAGCUAUCCAGGUUGCGCUCAAACCAUACCUUGAUGAGUUUUUUCCAGCACACGUGACCGCUAUUUACGGCAAAGUUGAGGAUGACCAGGUCUCAAUAACCGUUUGCAUUGAAGACCAUAAAUACAACCCCAACAACUUCUGGAACGGCAAAUGGAAGAGCAAGUGGGACGUGAAGUUCCCAACUGCAGGAGGAUACGCUAAGGUUGAGGGGACGAUGAGCGCUCAGGUCCACUAUUACGAGGACGGAAAUGUCCAGCUUCUGUCGAACAAGAAUGUGGAGGAAUCAAUACAGCUCUCCUCACCCAACGAGGGAGCCACGAACUUGGUGGAGUACAUCAAGAAAUCGGAGACAGAGUAUCAGCUGGCAAUCAACGAGAAUUACAACUCCAUGUCCAACAAUACCUUCAAAGCGCUGCGCAGGAACCUGCCCAUCACCCAAUCCCUAAUUGACUGGCAUAAGCUCCAUGGCUUCCAAGUAGGCAAGGACAUAAUGAACAAAAGUUAACAACUUCGUGGUGGCUUAAAUUUGUAUGAUUUUGUCGAUAUAUUAAUAAUUGUACUUUGUAUUAAAAUAGUAAUGUGUUUUUUACAGUCGAAUUAUUGCGAUGAGUGAAAGCCACAGGCUGCUAAGCAUGACUUGCAUCAAUUUAGUUCCUUUACUAUUUGUAGUUCAUCGCUGUACGGGCUACUCUUUUAAUCGUAAAAACGGCUGAAUUUCAUUACUUUCUUUCCGACAAUCUAGAGAGUCGACGAAACUGGUGAUGGCACACUAUUUUCACAUUCCAAGGAUUUUUGUUUUAAAUUGAACGUCACAAUUCCGUCUCAAUUAUAAGAAUUAUUUUGUAUGGUGUUGAAAACGAUUUUAAUAACCUGUGCUAUGCGAGCAUUGUAGGAGUAUAUAUAUUUUAAGUUUACGUGUAACCAAUUUACGUGUAUGUAACUCAUUUUUAUUUUCUUAUGUUAUUCAACACAUU